UCAUGCGAUAAGAUUCGAAUAGUAAAUCUAUUACCAUUUCACUUAAGUAUGCGUCAUGCAAGCUUUUCUAGUAUUGAAGAAAUAUUUUACGAUUAUUAUAAUUUCAUGAUGUGUGAACAUAUAUUGUUUGAAUUUUAAAUAUUUAAAAUUUUGACAUAAAGUAAAUGAAAAAAUCAAAUAUCAUGUGAAAAUUUUAAAAUAAUAAAUAACUGGAUAUCGAUUAUGGUUUCAAGAUUUUGAAUAAUAAUUUUAUCAUCAUGACUUUACCAUUUGAUAAGAAAUGAAAUAAUUAAUAAUUCAAGUCACAUAAAAGUGUUACACAUGAUGAAAACUACUUAAAUUUAAAUAAAGUAUUUGAAAUAUAUACUAAAAAAAUUUAGAUAACUGUAAAAUUAAUUAAUUAUAAGUAAAGUUACUGUCACAAUAAGACUUUUGAGUUCAAAAUUGAAAUUAUUAAUUGAAAUGGACCCUUUUUUGAAUUUAAGAUAUCAGAUAUUAGUAGAUUGUACUUACGCUUAACCAUCCAUCAUUUUGCGGGAAUGUGUUUGUAUGUGUAUAUAUAAAGGGCAAACCGGUGCACCAUUGGAUCAAAUGUCACGAUUAAGAGUUCUCUUUUGCUCUGUGUGACAAACUGACAAUCAGCGCCCAAACGCUUUCCAACGCACCACGUCCGCCAUUACUUUUCCCUUCAUCUUUGGUUAAGUAGAAAGAAAACAGAAUGGGAAGGCUAUUCGUGAUCACUCUCGACGGAAGCGUUUAUAGCUGCAAGCACUGCCAAACCCAUCUUGCUCUCCUCGAUGACAUUAUCUCUAAGUCUUUCCACUGCAGGCAUGGAAAGGCUUAUCUCUUUGAUAGGGUUGUGAAUAUCACAGUAGGAGAGAAAGAAGAGCGCUUGAUGAUGACUGGGAUGCACACUGUUGUUGAUAUAUUCUGUGUUGGGUGUGGCUCGAUCGUGGGAUGGAAAUACGAGGCUGCACAUGAGAAGACACAGAAGUACAAAGAGGGAAAAUUCAUUCUUGAGAGGUUUAAGGUGUUGGGCCCUGAUGGAAGCAAUUACUUGCUACAUCAUACUUCUAUCCGCUUCUUGAAAUGCUGGCUUUUGGAGGCAUUGCCUUAAUUUCUUUUGUUCCCCUUUUGAUAGAUGGCCGCAUGUUAAUCAAAAAUUUUGUUGCUUUGAGGUUGAAUCAUGGUUCUAUCGGCCCAAAGACAGGCUUGGGCUAGGCAACCUGAAGGAUCCAAAUUCUAUGGCCAUGGCGGAUUAGGUAGGCUUGACCCAUUUUAAUGCCUUUAAUUAAGAAUAUCUUGGUAAUGAUAUUGUUUGAUUCAGUAAAUCUCUUCAACCAGCAUAUCAUCUUGAUUUGCGGUACUUUUUCUAAGCUUGAUUAAUAUAGACAAAACCUUCAUCCUUAGGACAAGAUAUAGGUAGGAUUUAAGUUCAUGUGUGACCCUGGCCCAGAUGGGAUUAAUUUGUCAAAGCUUGUAUGAAUGUGCUUUGCAUUCAUGAACAUCCUUUCACCUGCAAUCCUCUGACACCGACCAUUCAAUCAUGGAAAACUCUAGACUCCAGAAAAAAUCAAUCAAAAAAAGAGUGUAAGGCACGUGACCCAUGUGCAGCUAAGCUUUGUGUAAAUUCAUUACAAAGGAAACAAGGAAGGAGAUGAGAUGAAUUAUGAAUCUCUUACGAUGGGGCCUGAAAUGACAUGGGGAAAGAAAACAGAUGUGGGACUCAAAAGGAUUUGAGACCGCCAAAUUGGCUCAUUCCCCAGUUACCCUCUAUUGCUUUCUGCAGCUCUAAAUUUCAUCUUGAGAUCAUUUGAUUAGGGUAUUUUGUCCAUGUGAUCAGUAGGGGAUUUCGUGUUUAUAUGUCUUAAUCGUGUCGUGUCUAAACAAUUAUCAUGAAUUCAAA